CGUCAGAGUCACAGUAAGAAAACAGGCAACCUGACGUUUUUUCCUUCACUAUCCGCUCAGGGAUAAUAAUCACAGUCAAGGUUUUGCAUCGCAUUUUCCUGACAGGAUGUCAUCUGAAAAUGCUGCGUCACAAGAAGCCAGUCGGCCAUCUCUCGAAUCAAAGACGGAGCCUUUGAGGAUUGUACUGCUGGGCAGGACUGGGACGGGCAGAAGCUCCUCAGGAAACACCAUCCUGGGUAGACCGGCCUUCUGGGUUGAGUUGUCCCCCUCUUCUAUCACCGCAAGGUGCAGGAGACAGACCGGGACAGCAGGCGGUCGGAGUGUCUCGGUAAUCGACACCCCAGGGUUCUUCCAUACAGACCUGUCCCCACAGGAAGUCAUGGCCGAGGUGGGUCAGAGCGUUAGCUUGUACUCCCCAGGACCCCACGUGUUUUUGGUGACCCUGCAGCUAGGCAGGUACACCCAGGAGGAGCGAGAGACCUUGGAGUGGAUCAAGGCGAUGUUUGGGGCUGAGGUAUCCAGAUUCACCAUGGUCCUAUUCACCUGGGGCGACCAGCUCCGAGGCAAAUCGGUUGAGUCCUUUCUGGACGAGAGUCCGGAACUGUCUGGGUUUGUCAGCAGCUGCCACGGGGGGUAUCACGUCUUUGACAACAGCAGGCAAGAAGGGACGUCGGAGUCCCCAGAGCAAGUCUUAAACCUUCUUAAAAAGAUUGACGAGAUUGUUUCAAACAACCGAGGCAGCUGCUACAGCAACGUGAUGUACAAGGAGGCUGAGAGUACAAUAAGGGAGGCAUGGGAGAGGAUACUGGAGGAGAGAGGAGCCAAACGUCCGGCGUCUCUCAAGGAAACUGAAGGAAAGGAGAACGCAGAAGACUUGGAGAGAGCGAGGAAAGAGGCAGAGGAAGCCAGGAAGAGAGCCGAAAGGUUGUUCUGGUGCGAGCUGGUAACUGCACUGGGCAGAGGAGCAGCAGAGGGGGCAGGCAUCAUGGGAAAGGACAAAAGCAAACCAGUGAAGAAGGCGAAGGUGGUGGAGAAGGCGAUGGGUCUGGCGGCGUCGCCGCUCUCCAUCAAAUCGGCUGCGAAAGUGCUGGAGGGAGCGGUGAAAGAAGGCAGCAAGGUGCUGCAGAAACACAAGAAAACUCUGCUGCACUGACAGACUCGCCGACAACAUGUUGGUUUGAGUCUCUGAAUCAAGAUGGAUAACCUUUAUUACAAAGACGCGACGCGUUGAAAGGAAAACUCGCAACAGCGUUCUGUUGAUCACAUCAAACACUUUCAUCUUAAGAGCACUUUGAGACUGGGCAGUAGUGCGAAUGUUUCUGAAAACAAAACAUGACCAGAUCUUUGAGUAAAGAGAAUUCCUCGCGUAAUAAAAAGAAAAAAAAAUUGGGUUUCUGAUUUCUUUGACUAACACUUUUGAAAUUAAAAAAGAAACGAGAAAGUUUAGCUACUGCCGCUUCUUUGGCUUUUCAUAACACGAUAUGAUUUUAAGCCCUUUUUUUACCCCUUCCCCCCCAACAACAACAACAAAAA